CUCAAAUUAGCCACUAGAAAGUUUUUUGAAAUAUGAUCAAUGUAAAUAAUACAGUCAGAAGGAGUUUUUUCUAUAUUUUUCUUCAUAUAGUUUUUUCCAAAAUGUUGGGGGGACAGUGAAUUACAUAUAAACACUUUGAGAAAUCAAAGCAAAUAGUUAACACAUUACAUUUCAGUAACUCUUUUCAACAUAUCUUUGUAGUAAUACAAUUAGCACCAACAUUUGGGGAGUGAUCCUGAAAAUAUUGGCUUGUGUAUGUGAGCUUAGCCAAAUGUAGGCCUAAUUUUAAAAUGAUGUCUUUUAGAGAGAAAGAAUUACAGCUGAAGUGAGCAGUCAAAACUUAAUUGCAAUUCUCAACGGAACGAGAUGGUAUUUAAGCAGGGUCAGUAAAUAUUGUAUUUCUUUAUUUAAUAUAUGUGAUAUUAUAUGAAGUAUACUGUCACAUGCAUAGAAUUUGUGAAUUUGAUGGAAAUACUGAACUUAAAAUGACUUAUUCCAAAACAGACUGAAUGUAUGAAUGAAUAAAUAUUUGCUCUAUGUCCCACAGUGACUUUAUUGUGAGAAACCACUCUAUUUGAACCUAUUAUAUUUAUCUGAUAGUAACAUUAUCACAGUUCAUAUCUGAGUCAUAAAUGUAUCGUCGGUUAAUCUCUUGUUUUCACCAGUUAACGUAAACUGAACCAAGGGCUGCUCGGCAACCUGCACAAUAUGGCAGCUAGCUCUACAACUUAGCUGUUGCAGUGCUAACAGCUAGCUACAAUUCAGCGUUACUUGAUGGUUGGUCACAAACAGGAGGGAGGAGUCAGUCAUCAGGAUGGAGGUUAUAGAGGAAAAUAUGUCACAAAUGGAGAUGCUUGAGAAAAUAGCUGAGCUGGAUUACAGUCAGAGCCAGCUGAAGGAUCUGAAUACUGAGAUGAGACGUUGGCUGGAGUUUGCGGACGAUGACAUGGCCGUGCUGCGCUCAGAGAAUUCAGCCCUCACAAAACAAGUUAAAGCGCUGGAGAAGAUGAUGGCUGAAGCACAACAGGUUGAAGCAGAGCCUUGCAGGUCUUUCAUGGCUGAUGACCUUGAUGCAAAUAGAUGCAGAGAAAACAAGAUUCAGAAAUUGGAGAAGGAAUCCAUCAUAAUGACAGAAGAAAAUAAGAUGCUAACUGCAGAGCUCAAAGACCUCCAGCAAAAAAGAGACCAGGACAAGAUCAGCUUAAGUAAGCUCAGCGUUGCACUUCAAAACUUUGAGUUAGAAAAGGAAGAGGCUCAGUUAGAGCUGCAGCGUAGGGAUGAGAUUAUUCAUCAGAGAAACUUGCAGUUAAAGCAUUUGAAUGAAACUGUUGAAGAGAGUGCCAACAUCAUGAAGGACCUCAGGCUGACAAACCAGGAGCUGAGGAAGCAGAUAGAGGGCAGACGAGACGAGGCCUAUUUUGACAGUCUGACUGACAGGAUGAGAGAAAACGAAGGAUCGGUUAUUCCCCCUCCGUCUUUAGCUGAGGAAAUAUGGCAGGCCUCAUCCCCUGAAGUGAAACCCUUCAUGACGUACUCCACAGAGCUCAGACAUGAGGAAGGUGAAGCUGAGGAGCUGCUGAAACCUCGUAGUGUCACAGCUGACUUUCAGACCAAAAGAUGUGCAGAUACUUCAAAGACAUCCGUCCAGAAAACAGGGCUGUUCACUGUGUGCAUCUUCAUUCUCACUGUUUUGGCCUUCUUGGCUUCAGGAAGUUGUUCAGGAAACGGUGACUUUUUUUCUAUCAACUCAUUGUGGAACAGUGCGUGCCUGAUGUUUCAUCCCUACUGCCGCAUCCACUACGGGGCCUUACCUCCCAUUUGACCUAAACACUCCCUCUCAUAAACAUGUCACGACUCUAUUAAUGUGCCUGAUUGUGGGUUGCUUUUGUGGUUGGCUUUGUUUUGUACACACAAGAAUGAAGGUUUUAUUUAAAAUACUUGAAUUUCUACAUGUGACUAGUUUGGCAAACUACAUUAACUAACCAGAGAAUAAUAAAAUGUCAAAUGACUAGUGA